AUGAUUGCAGUACACCACCACCCCACUGGACUGCUUAAGACAGCUAAAAGUGUUGGAUUUCAAUAUCCUACUACAUUAAGAUUAUUCCACAUCGGUUAUGUUCUAGGCGUAAUAUAUGGAUUCUUGUUCUCACUCAUCUUAACAGCGAGAGAAAACUACUACUCAGAUGCUAGUCUAAUCAGUAGCAUCGUACUUGGAGUUAUCAUCUCUGAGACAGGAUUAUUUAUCAGCUUUUUCUGGGGAGUAUAUACUACGAGUUGGACUACUGGUUUAGAUCUUGAAGGUCUUUGUUUUACCGGAUCCAAGUUCUCUUGUGCUUUUCAUGACCAUCAUGUUAAGUGCAUUAGCAGAGCAUAG